AUGGUCGAGACUGGGUUUUCCAUAAGGAUUGAACUCCUUCCGGAUGGCGAUGUUUGCGGGGUGACUCCGGGACAACACACAGUCCUUGAGGCAGCAUCUGGCUCCUUGCUUCACGCUCUACGGCUCAAGGAUGCCUUCUUUGCGUUGCGGUGCGGACGCAUCCAAACAUUCCAGGUCUCCCGUCGACUGCCAUCAGCUUCGAUAGUGAGAUACCCGCCUCCUUUCGGACCUCUUUCCGAGGUUGAGUGUGCGCAAGUCCUCGAGCGCGCGAAAAGCUUCAUUGGCCUAGAGCUGGAGCAGGUCAGAGAACGCCUGCAACAGGCAGGACUACCCGAUCAAUCUGGCCCGGAGGUUUUGGCGGAAAGCUUGAUAACGUUCUGCAUUACUGGCAUGUGCCGCGUAUGGCAUGUCGAGGAAGCCCACAAGCUCACAAGGCAGACGACAGUUUCUGUGCCGAAGGCUCCAAUGCUCAGGUCUGAUGAUGUGUCCAACGUCAUGGAUGACAGCUCAGGCAAUCAGAACUCGUCUUCGGCACGCUUCAAAGCUGUAUUGCCAGGGGACAGUAGCUUGAGCAAAGUUCCAGAGAAGCUGCAGGAGAAGGCGAUUUCUACUGCCAUUCACGUGGGCUGCCGUGGGCCUGCAUCACGAGUUGCUGGAGCUGCGGCGGCCAUGACUGUCGAGGGCUAUGCGCUGUACAAAGAAAUUGGCCGGCACUGCGAGCAGCUCGAAGUGAAAAAAAUCAGCUCAGAACAGUUCACGGAGAGAAUUUGCGAAAGCACGGUGAGCUCUUCUGGCCGGGCUAUUGGCAGCCUGGCCGGAGCUGCAGUCGGCCAGGCCUCGAUUCCUGUUCCGGUGGUUGGUGCGGUGAUCGGAGGAGUUGCAGGUGCGGCUUGCGGUGGCUUUUAUGCCAACAGCCUGGUUCGUGGUGCUUGGCGUUUGUCAGGUGGCAAGGCCAAAGGUGGCGACGAUAUCGUCAGAUGUGUGGAGCACUCCGCCGACAACUAUCACAACAGCCCUCGAACCUUCAACGAGGCCCUGAUCGACCAGCCGAAGCAUUUUGGUUCUGAUGACGGCGCGUGGCCCGACCAGCGGCAAGGCUCGUCAGAAGAUUUCCUUUGA